CUUCCUCCCUUCCGUUGAGCUUCAAGGGAUAUCAACCGGGCCCGAGAUAGGCUACUGAUAAGCAAUAUUCAGCAUUCAAGGGCAGACAUGGAAGCACAGCAUCAUCAGCAAUAUGACAUCAGGCAGCAGUGUGGAUAGGUGAUCGAUGGAUGAGUUAGUCGAUCGGGAGAAGAAUGGAUCCAGUUUGAGCAUCUUGACUGAUAAGACCCUGUCCAGUUGCUGAGUGUGAUCCUGUAACCAUGGCGACCUGUGGGCGUGGCUGUGUCCCUGCAGUGCGUUUCUGCCAGAGGCUGAACCGACUGAAGACCCUGGAUGAUGACUUGAUGGUGACGUCAAUGAAGCGUUGCCUGACCAUGGUGGACCUGGCCCUGCUGGGUGUUGGUGGCAUGGUGGGCUCUGGCCUAUAUGUCCUGACUGGCACUGUUGCCAAGGACACCGCUGGACCUGCCGUGGUCCUCUCCUUCCUCAUAGCAGGCAUCGCCUCCCUGAUGGCUGCCCUCUGCUAUGCAGAGUUCGGAGCUCGUGUUCCCAGAACGGGCUCGGCCUACAUGUUCACCUAUGUUUCUUGUGGAGAGAUCUGGGCCUUUCUCAUUGGCUGGAACGUAGUGUUGGAGUACAUGAUUGGUGGAGCCGCAGUGGCGCGGGCGUGGAGUGGUUACCUGGACUCCAUGUUUAACCACACCAUCCAGAACUACACAGAGAACCACAUAAUGAAGUGGAAUGUUCCCUAUAUCGCCCACUACCCUGACCUGCUGGCUGCUGGGAUUCUAGUUGUUGCCACUAUCUUCAUAACCUUCGGAGUGCGAGUCUCCUCUUGGCUCAACCACAUCUUCUCAGCCGUUAGUCUAGUUGUCAUACUCUUCAUCUUGGUGUUUGGCUUUGUGCUAGCCGACCCAGUCAACUGGAGCCAGAAGGAAGGAGGUUUUGCACCGUUUGGUGUCAAUGGGGUAAUGGCGGGCACAGCCACCUGCUUUUACGCAUUUGUUGGCUUCGAUGUGAUUGCAGCCUCCAGCGAGGAGGCAAAGAACCCCCAGCGAGCCAUUCCCAUGGCCACAGCCAUUUCCCUGGGCAUGGCCGCCACAGCCUAUAUCCUGGUCUCCACAGUCCUCACUCUCAUGGUGCCUUGGCACUCGCUCGACCCAAACUCAGCCCUGUCUGACGCCUUCUUCCGCCGAGGCUACAGCUGGGCUGGCUACAUUGUGGCAGUAGGGUCCAUCUGUGCCAUGAACACAGUGCUCCUCAGCAACCUCUUCUCUCUCCCUCGGAUUGUUUACGCUAUGGCGGAGGAUGGCCUCUUCUUCUCCUUCUUCGCCAAGGUCAACCCUGUCACCAAGGUCCCUGUUAAUGCCAUCUUGGUGUUUGGCCUCCUCAUGGCCGUCAUGGCCCUCAUCUUUGACCUGGAGGCCCUGGUCCAGUUCCUGUCCAUCGGCACCCUCCUGGCCUACACCUUUGUGGCAGCCAGUGUCAUCGUGCUGCGCUUCCAGCCUGAGAAAGAGAAGACCAGUUCCAAGGUUAACUCCACUACCUCCCCCAACUCUAACCCUGAGCCCUCGCCCGAAGUCUCAGAGUCUCAGAUCAUAGCUCAGGACAGUGGGGAGCUGAAGGAGUAUGAGUCCUUCUCAGACAAGCUGCAGCUGGUGGAGAUGCAGAAGACCAGGGAACGGAGUGCCCCAGGGGUGUUGAAGGCCCGCUGGGAGCCUUACCUGGGCAGGUUGCUGGGGGACUUUGAGCCAGGAGAAGUGGUGGCCUUUUCUGUGCUGGCGGUGAUGGUGAGCUCAGUGUCCCUCUGUGCUGUGUUUGUGUUUGGGAGUAACCAGCUUCAGCUGCCUACGUGGAGCAUCGCCCUGCUAAUAGUGGUGUUUGGCUCAACCUUCCUUCUCUGCCUGGUCAUCAUAUAUGCCCAUGAACCUCAUGUCAACACCAAAACCUUCCAGGUACCCUUGGUCCCAUUCAUUCCCGCUGCAAGCAUCCUCAUGAAUGUGUUCCUAAUGCUGAAGCUCAGCCCCAUGACCUGGGUCCGCUUUACUGUAUGGGUGGCCGCAGGUCUGCUCGUGUAUUUUGGCUAUGGGAUCUGGCACAGUAAGGAGGGCCUGAGGGAGCUGCAGCCCAAGGAUAUGGCAGCCAGGUAUGUGGUGCUCCCCAGUGGCAGCCUGGUAGAGACAGUCCAGUCUGUGCAGCCGAAUGGACAGUGUGACGCCAGCACCCUCCACACCACUCCCUCCCGGUCUGCUGAGGAGCAGCAGGCAAAGAGAUGAUGUGUAAGAAGGGAGCCAUUCUUAUUCAAGUGGGCCAUUAUCGUCUAUCUGCUCCUGCUCAUAUACGUUUACUGCUUUCAUUACCUCACUCUUCUCUUCUCACCCCACUGGCCUCAUACAGUUGGUGUGUAACCCCACAAGGCUCUGUUUCUCUGCAUUAGUAAACACACAUCACAGGAUGGGACUCACUCUCAUUAUGAAACAUACUUAUCGCUGUUAAUAUGGGAACAUACCUUUUUAUAGCUAUCCAGCAUUGUUUACUAUAUUAUUUAUUUCAAUAAACCAGCACAGGUGUUUUUUUUAUUGUUA